GCCCUAACAAUUAGAACCCUCAAAAUCACCUUCUUCACUCAAAACGGCAGCAAAAGCAAUGACAAUGAGGAGCUCCUCAUCAAACGGCGGCGCAAUGGGCGGGCGUGCUGCCGGAACCGGUGGUGGCGCAGUAGACAAAGAAGUAGACUACGCUAAUUACUUCUGCACAUACUCAUUCCUCUACCACCAGAAAGACAUGCUCUCCGACCGUGUCCGUAUGGACGCUUACUUCAACGCCGUCUUCGAGAACAAACAUCACUUCGCCGGCAAGACGGUGUUGGAUGUUGGAACCGGGAGUGGGAUUCUAGCGAUUUGGUCGGCUCAAGCUGGUGCGAGGAAAGUGUAUGCAGUGGAAGCUACCACGAUGGCUGACCACGCUCGUGCUCUUGUCAAAGCCAAUGGUCUCGAACAUGUUGUUGAAGUGAUUCAAGGCUCUGUCGAAGAUAUUUCUUUGCCUGAGAAAGUUGAUGUAAUUAUCUCGGAGUGGAUGGGAUACUUCCUUCUGCGUGAGUCCAUGUUUGAUUCUGUUAUAUCUGCUCGUGACCGUUGGUUAAAGCCCACCGGUGUCAUGUACCCAAGUCAUGCACGCAUGUGGCUUGCACCCAUCAAAUCUACUUUGUCAGAUCGGAAGAAGAAUGAUUUGGAUGGUGCGAUGGCGGAUUGGGAUAACUUCUCAGAUGAGAUCAAAACCUACUACGGCGUUGAUAUGAGCGUUUUGACAAAACCUUUUGCUCAAGAGCAAGAAAAGCAUUACAUACAGACGGCUAUGUGGAAUGACUUGAAUCCACUUCAAGUGAUAGGCACACCUACACUUGUCAAAGAGAUGGAUUGUUUGACAGCCACUGUCAGUGAAAUCGAGGAAGUCAGAUCCAAUGUAACCUCAGUCAUCAAUGGGCACACAACGCUGUGUGGUUUCGGUGGAUGGUUUGAUGUUCAGUUCAGGGGGAGGAAAGAAGAUCCUGCACAGCAAGAUGUCGAGUUAACCACAGCUCCAAGUGAACAGCACUGCACACACUGGGGACAACAGGUUUUCAUUUUGUCAAAUCCUAUAAAUGUUGAGGAAGGAGAUAAUCUGAAUCUCGGUUUGGUAAUGAGCCGGUCCAAAGAAAACCAUAGACUGAUGGAGGUUGAGCUUAAUUGCGAGAUCAAAGAGGCUUCUGGCAACCCUAAGGAAUCAUUCAAGAAGACUUAUUUCAUAGAAUGAUUAUACGGAUGCAUGGAGCUUGGUGGUUCUGUAUCGAAUGAAUGAACCCAAAUGUAAUGUUUUACUAUUUGUUGUUUCCAACUUUUUUUUUUGUUAUGCAACGAGCAAUUUAUUUUGAUA